GGUCAUACCAGUGGCACCAGUUAGUACUUCGCUAACUAUCAUCGUCGUCGCAGUCGUCACAGUCGUCGAUAUACGUAUUGGCGUUGACACCGCAACACCGCCAAUAUUCACCACCACGUUCGCUGAAAUUAUAUUUCAGCGCGUACAACAAGUUGAUAGGGAAACUGAGAAAGUGCAGUGACAUUUGUGGCGAAAACACGUGUAGAAAUACGAUAAAAACCGGCGGAGUUUACACGUACACAGAAGAAUAAUAAAUGCUCAAAAUGGAAAUCGAGGUGGGGAAUGCCUCGUCGCCCCCUUCAACAUGCGGUGAAAACACAAAAAGUUUUUUCGCAUUUCACUGGAAAGGUUUGGUAGUUUUCCUAACACCGCUUCUUGCUCUCCCCGUCAUGUUAUUGGACAACACACCAGCAUAUCGGUGCAUGUAUUUGCUCUUGGUCAUGGCAAUCUUCUGGGUUACUGAAGCUCUACCUCUGUACGUUACCUCAAUGAUUCCGAUUGUGGCGUUUCCAAUUAUGGGCAUAAUGAGUUCCGAUCAAACCUGUCGAUUGUACUUCAAAGAUACCUUGGUGAUGUUCAUGGGUGGCAUUAUGGUUGCACUGGCAGUCGAAUACUCCAAUUUACAUAAGCGUUUGGCAUUGCGUGUCAUUCAGCUAGUUGGUUGCAGUCCCAGAAGAUUACAUUUUGGUCUUAUCGCUGUAACAAUGUUCAUAUCAAUGUGGAUAUCCAAUGCCGCCUGCACAGCUAUGAUGUGCCCAAUUAUACAAGCUGUUUUGGAAGAACUCCAAGCGCAAGGAUUAUGUAAAAUGACCCAAGAGCCCAAGUAUCAGAUUGUCGGAAAGAAAAAUAAUUCAACUGAGGAAGAACCACCAUAUCCGUCCAAGAUGACACUAUGUUACUUUUUGGGCAUCGCUUACGCCUCAUCCAUGGGUGGUUGUGGUACUAUUAUAGGAACAGCAACUAACUUAACUUUCAAAGGCAUUUACGAAGGCCGUUUUCCAAAAUCUCAGGAAACAAUGGACUUUGCCAAUUUCAUGUUCUACUCUGUUCCCUCAAUGUUGGUGUACACUGGUUUGACCUUUAUUUGGCUGCAAUGGCACUUCAUGGGAUUAUUCCGUCCAAAGAGCAAAGAAGCCGAGGAGGUCAGAUUGGGUCAAAAUGGUGCUGAUGUGGCUAAAAAGGUUAUUGAUCAACGCUACAAGGAAUUGGGACCAAUGAAGGCGCACGAAAUACAAGUUAUGAUUCUUUUCAUCUUCAUGGUGUUGAUGUACUUUACACGUAAACCUGGCAUUUUUCCCGGCUGGUCGGAUUGGCUGGAAGGAGAAGAUGGGCCUAAAAUUCGCAAUUCUAUGCCGACAAUAUUUGUGGUUGUCAUGUGUUUUGUUUUACCAGCAAAUUAUGCAUUCUUACGUUACUGUCUCUGCAAACGUGAGUCGGUUAAUCUCAUAUGCUUAAGAAUUUACUUAAAAAUGUUUGUUUUUCAUUUUAAAGGUCCCUUUACUACUGCUCCGACACCAUCUCUGGUCACAUGGAAAUUCAUUCAAUCCAAAGUGCCAUGGGGUCUGAUCUUUUUACUCGGUGGUGGAUUCGCUCUUGCUGAAGGUAGCAAAGUUAGUGGUAUGGCCAGUAAGAUUGGCAAGGCAUUGGUCGUGUUAGAGAAUCUACCACACCCCCUUCUCUUACUGGUAGUUAUUCUCGUGGCUGUUUUCUUGACGGCCUUCAGCUCCAACGUGGCCAUUGCAAAUAUCAUUAUUCCUGUCUUGGCAGAAAUGUCGGUUAUCAUUCGAAUUCAUCCUUUGUACCUAAUUUUACCAGCCGGUCUUGCCUGCAGUAUGGCAUUCCAUUUGCCAGUGAGUACGCCGCCUAAUGCUCUGGUCGCUGGUUAUGCCAAUAUCAGAUCGAAAGACAUGGCAAUCGCUGGCAUUGGACCCACAAUCAUCAGUAUCAUAGUAUUGUACGUGUUCAGUCUCACGUGGGGCACCGUUGUAUAUCCACAGUUGACUACAUUCCCUGAUUGGCUAAAAGAAACGGAACUUAAUGCGACGACCCAUUAAAUGUAUACACUGCCAAUUAGGUGAUUGCGUACGGAAUUUACAGUGUGCGAUAUUUAAUACAUAUCCAACAUAAUUAAAAAUAAUUAAGUCAAAUAUUCUGAUUGUUAAAGUCGUUAAGUAAAUGAUAAAGUAAAAGUAAAGAGCAAAAAGUAUCUAAAGAAUGUUAAUGAUUACUACUGUAUAAGAUAAAGUGCCUGCAUGACUAUAUGUUUUUAUGUAUAUAUAAAUAAAUAUAAAAAUGUACACAUUAUAAUGGAAAUCAUAGGAAUAUCAAAAAUUUUGCAUUUGUGAUUUAAACUCUCUGAAAUUUACUUACAAAACACUUAAGCUACCGUAAAACAAGAAUAGGCAUAGAAAUAUGUAUGUAUGUACGUGUAUAUACAAUAUAAAUGCACAUAUAGUUAACUAAAAGGGUACAACAUCAAACAAAACAAACAAAUUUGUGAGCCCUGAUAAUCUCGUAUCAAAUGUUACUUACGCGUUUACACUGCAUUUAUAGUGAAAAGGGAAUAGUCAAAUAUAAAAUUAUGAAAUCAAAUGAAAAUAUACAUUUAUAGGUAGUAUACAUAUGUAUGUUUACAUUUGAAAGAAACUAGAUAAAUAGUUUAGUUUAAAGUUAUGUGUAGCGAUUGACACUCUCGGAAACGAAACAAGAAAGCAAAUGCACAAUUUCUUAUACACAUCUGGGGCUAGAAUCAAAUAUUGUCUAUAUAAAUGUGUAUUGUAUAUGUUUGUAUGUAGGCUGUAUAUUCAAAAAUAGACUGAAAAAUUAUAUUAACCUCAAAUUAAAAGUGAAGAGUGUAUAACAACUAACUUUUGCGGUAUUUGUUGUACCAAAAGGAAAUCGCGUUAAAAUUGAAUUUUUUACAUUACAUUGUACUUAUGGAUCUUUGAUAAAAAGUAUAAAUUUGUAACUCUUGUAAAUGUUAUUUAUUGAUACAGAAGAUGAAGCAACAAAUAAAUACACAAAGCUAACUAUUUUUCUAA